CGCCAGCAGCCGCCUCGCCAGAUGCCCUUGUGCCUGCCCCUCAGACAGGUGCUCAAAGCAAGUAAGAGAACGAAAGAAGCAGGUGAGGGAGUCAGAAGACAUUGUAGAGGAGUCCUUAUCAAAGUUCUCUAGGUGUUCCUCGCCCCCCCCACCCUGUGCCUGCGCUUCGUUGUCAAUACCAUGGACAGCGCCCGCGAAACCACUCAAAUGCACUUGGAUGCCGCUGGCUUUUGGCAGGUCUGGCAGCACUUUGACGCGGAUGAAAAAGGUUACAUAGAAGAGAAGGAGCUUGAUGCUUUAUUUUACCACAUGUUGAUAAAACUGGGUAGCGAGGAUGCAGUCAUGGAAAAAAAUGUGCAGAAAAUGAAACAACAAUUUAUGGCUACCCAUGAUGUCUCUAAAGAUGGUCGCAUACAAAUGAAAGAGCUUGCCUGCAUGUUCUUGUCUGAGGAUGAAAAUUUUCUUCUGCUCUUUCGCCAGGAAACCCCUCUGGACAGCAGUGUGGAGUUUAUGCAGAUUUGGCGCAAAUAUGAUGCCGACAGCAGUGGCUUUAUAUCAGCUGCCGAGCUUCGUAACUUCCUCCGAGACCUCUUCCUCCAUCAUGAAAAGGCCAUACCUGAGGCUAAACUGGAAGAAUACACUGGCACCAUGAUGAAGAUCUUUGACAAAAAUAAAGAUGGCCGGUUGGAUCUUAAUGAUUUGGCAAGGAUUCUGGCUCUUCAGGAAAACUUCCUUCUCCAAUUUAAAAUGGAUGCUUGUUCUACUGAAGAAAGAAAGAGAGACUUUGAAAAAAUCUUUACUCACUAUGAUGUUAGUAAAACUGGAGCCCUGGAAGGCCCAGAAGUGGAUGGGUUUGUCAAAGACAUGAUGGAGCUUGUCCAGCCCAGCAUCAGCGGGGUGGACCUUGAUAAGUUCCGGGAGAUUCUUCUGCGUCACUGCGAUGUGAACAAGGAUGGAAAAAUUCAGAAGUCUGAGCUGGCUUUGUGUCUUGGGCUGAAACUCAACCCAUAAUCCCCAGACUGCUUUGCCUUUUGCUCUUAGCCUGUUUCUGAGCUUCUGCUGGUAACCUGUAUCUAUGCUUCACUAUUGGGGACACAGUAGGCAAACUUUCUAACAAAUGGUGUGGUAUUCUUGGGCCAGGGGUCCUGGGACUUGAGGGCCUUCUUUUUAAUGGUAUGGUAUUUUCCUGCCUUUACUGGAAGCCCCCCACGUAGCAUCUGUGUUAGUGUCCCCUUGACCCUGGGCUUUCCUGCCCUCCAAAGACUCAGCUGACCUCCAGGAUCUGUUUGGCUUGUCUUCCCCCAGUCACCAGCUGAGUGCGUCCAACUGAGAUUUUUUUGUGGGCUUUCUGCUGAAUGGUGUGUGGCAUCUGUGGCAGCUUUGUGACUUCUACAAAUAGAUUUUCAAGUGGAAAUAAACCUGUAGCUGGACACAAA